UGUACUCAUUCUGCUCGUUCCAUUCCAUUAAUGCCCAGGGAUCACGUGCUGCCCCGCAACCGUGCGCCCGAUUUUUUUUUUUGAGGGAAACCCAACCUUUACCACUUGCCAGGUCCCGCCUCCAAACUCUUAAAAACAAUUAGUCCGCCCAUCAACUUUGCCAACACCGAAAUUUGCGAUACUACCAAGACCGCUUCUUCGUCGCUCUUCUUCGAUAAUAUCAAUCCUCUCCAUUUUCUGUUUAUCUCAUCAUAACGGAAGAAGAUGGCUACUGAAACGCCUACCUUCAAGCUCGUCCUCGUCGGCGAUGGUGGUACCGGCAAGACCACCUUCGUCAAACGCCAUUUGACCGGUGAAUUCGAGAAGAAGUACAUGGCAACUCUCGGUGUUGAGGUUCACCCCCUUGGCUUCACGACCAACUUCGGUAACAUUACCUUCGACGUCUGGGACACUGCUGGACAAGAGAAGUUCGGUGGUCUCCGUGAUGGCUACUACAUCAACGGUCAAUGUGGUAUCAUCAUGUUUGAUGUCACAUCCCGAAUUACCUACAAGAACGUUCCCAACUGGCACCGUGACCUGGUCCGUGUCUGCGAGAACAUCCCCAUUGUUCUGUGCGGUAACAAGGUCGACGUGAAGGAGCGCAAGGUGAAGGCCAAGACUAUCACAUUCCACCGCAAGAAGAACUUACAAUACUACGAUAUCUCGGCCAAGUCUAACUACAACUUCGAGAAGCCCUUCCUGUGGCUUGCUCGCAAGCUUGUUGGAAACCCUGCUCUCGAAUUCGUCGCUGCACCUGCCCUCGCCCCGCCUACUGCUCAGGUCGACGAGAAGCUCCUUGAGCAAUACAAGAAGGAGAUGGACGAGGCCGCCACCAUGCCGCUGCCUGGUGAGGAUGACGAUGAUGACUUGUAAAUGAGGGAUAACGAGAAGAUACGCCACGUGAGUAGGAUGGGCCACGGUAAUACUUCGACUUGACGAAGGAUAAGGGGCUUCUUGUGUGAGCUAGUGUGGAACAGUUAAGCUGCACAGGCUGGGUUGGGACCGAGAACCUUUCAUAACCGUUGAUUUCACAUGCAUGGCUGCGUUUCGCAGCUACUAGAUAGCAACAACCACACCCAAUAGAGAGUUACGAGAAAGGAAUUGCAGGUCUAAUUCAUAGGUCUAAUGAUGCCAAGGUAUUUAUAUCAGUAUUCCCGGGUUCUAAUCAUGGAAUAUCCAUUGAUAAAUAAGUGAAAAUACUUAGUAAAAGUGCGUAAAUAUUGACGUACG